AGCAAGAUUCCAGAGCUCCAUUAAUGGCGGACUCCUCCUCUUCCUCUUUCUUUUCCACUCUCCUCCUUCUUUCCUUCAUCUUUUGCUGCUCUUCUGUUCAGGAUCCUCGUCUGGAACCGCUCCAUGAGGCCCUCAUCGUUUCGGGCUACUCCUCGAUGUCCCUCACGCUUCAGCUCGCGCCAGAAACCCUCAUCCCAAAUGCCUCCGCCACCAUCUUCGCCGCCUCCGACUCCGCCUUCUUUUUCUCCGGCCAGCCCUCCCUCCUCCUGCUCAGAUACCACGUCUCCCCCCGCAGGCUGUCCUCCGAAGAGCUCAUCUCUCUGCCGUCCGGGACCCACAUUUCCACCCUUCUCUCCGAUCGUUUCCUCGUCGUUACUGGAAAUUCGACUAUCAACGGUGUCCCAGUAGCUGCAUUUGCCCCGAUCUACCGGGACGCGGGAUUCGUCGCCUAUGGAGUUGAGCGUUUCCUCAAUCCUUCGUUUCCGACGUGCCCGUUGUUCGGCACCCGCCAGGACAGCGUCUUCCAGAGAUCCACGGAAGCCAUGGCGUCCCGAGGGUUCGGAAUCUUUGCGUCUUUGCUUGAUUUGCAGAUCAUAGGGCUUAUGGGUAAGGAGCUAGGGGUAAAAUUAACGGUAUUCGCGGUGCCGGACAUGGCUAUGGAAGGAGUGGCGGCGAACCUCACGGAGCUCGCCGGGGUGCUGAGAAGACACGUCGUGCCUUGCAAGGUCUCGUGGGUGGAUAUCGAGGCUUUCGGUGGGGUGUUUCCGACGCUCGACAAGCGGUUUCCGGUGAACUUGACGAGGUCUGGCGUGCAGCUUGAGGCGAACGGCGUUCCGAUCGUCUUUCCCGACUUGUACCCCGGCAAUUCCAUUGUCGUUCACGGACUCUUAGGCGCCUUUCCCAUAGCGCCUGCGCCGGCCGAGGAGGUAACGGAUCUCCAUUUUGACGGUCCAGAUUUGUAGAUCGAUUUUCUUUCAAGAACUCUUCUCUUUUCUCCUUUUACCGUGAAUUGUGAAUUUUUGA